CACCACAGGCUGCCUGCUGCACCAUCCAGUCCUAGUAUCUCACUUACGCACUCUCAAGAUCCUAACAGUAAGGCGACAAAUCAUGUCGUAGACCUCCCAGCAGAGUUGAUCCCGCAGAUCGCGGAGGCCUGCCUGGGAGACUUUGAUGGUGCCCGUAUGGCCUCUCAAACUACCCCUUGGAUAGUACGACAAACAAUUCUGCCCCGCGUGUACGCGACACCCCCUCCGCUCACCAACAUCGACGCCAUCGCACGCUUCCCAGAACACGUCCGCCGCUUCGUGCGGAACCUCUGGCUCGAGGACCCACGGACCUUCUCAGACGCCUGCACGCGUCAGGCGCUGUGACUCUGGCACACCAUCCCCAACCUCGCCAUCCUGUAUCUCCCGCUUUCGCGGUGGUGCAACUCCGGCGCGUUUGAGCCCGGCGCACGGGCGGCAUGCACGCACCUCACGACCCUCGGGCCCGAUGUCUACUUCGGCUCGGACGAAAUGCCCUUCGCGAUCCUGGACGCGGUCACGCACCUGCGCUUCGUGAACGUCAACAUCGACAUCUUCUUCCACUUGAUGUUGAUGCUUCGCAUGCGUGCGCUCGACUACGUCGCGAUCCCUCUGGGCAGCUCAAACCAUGAAGAGUGCAUGGCGUGCGUCUCAGCUCUGCUCAUGCACAAGAGGGUGAAGAUGGUCGUCCUUGUGCUCGAUCGAGAGAUGGAACCAGAGGAAUGGGUGGCACGCGAUAAAAUAGCUAUGUCGACUAACGAGAGCCUCUUCGUGGUCCCAGGAGCCCAUACGCUACAGGGCGUGCGUACGGAAUGGUACACAGCGGUGGCUGACGGCGAUGAUAUCUGGGAGAAAGCGAGAAGAGUGCGCGAGGCAACAAUCACGGAGAAUCAUGACGAGAUCCGGAAGCUCUGCGCACUCGGAAAGUCAUGCUUUGAUGUGGCUAGUCUUGCUUCCCCUGCCGUCGCUUCGAGCUUAUGUGCAACGUUCCAUUCCCAGAUCGUGCCGUGAUCACUUGACAUUGAUUUAAACAGGCUCCGUUAUCUUUCAACGGUAUAACGUAGAUCUAUGAAUCAAUAGAACACAUACAUUGGAUCGAAUAACAUCGUGGCGUAUCGCAUAGAUCAGCUGUGGCCAUACUGAACCUGAGUGUGGAGGCAACAUACGAACAGAGCUUAUGAUAUGCUCAGCAUGGACGUCACAUCAGCAUGCAAGUUCUGGAAGAUUAACUCAAAGCGACUUCUGCGAAUAGAAUCACGACACCUGGCUCGGCACUGCCUUCUAAGCUCUCUCUUCAUACAGUCAUCAUAAGUGUCCCCCCCCCCCCUCUUCCC